UUCCUUCCUUGCUGUGAGUGUUUCUCAGAGAUCUGUGACUCGGUCCUGCUGAUAGCAAGAUGUCUUCAGGAAAUGCAAAAAUUGGGUAUCCUGCCCCCAACUUCAAAGCCACAGCUGUUAUGCCAGAUGGACAAUUCAAAGAUAUCAGCCUAAGUGAAUACAAAGGAAAAUAUGUCGUAUUCUUCUUUUAUCCUCUUGAUUUUACUUUUGUGUGCCGCACUGAGAUCAUUGCUUUCAGUGAUAGGGCAGAAGAAUUUAAGAAACUCAAUUGCCAAGUUAUUGGAGCAUCUGUGGAUUCUCACUUCUGUCAUCUGGCAUGGAUUAAUACACCCAAGAAACAAGGAGAAUUGGGACCCAUGAACAUUCCUUUGGUAUCAGAUCCCAAGCGUACCAUUGCUCAGGAUUAUGGAAUCUUAAAAGCUGAUGAAGGUAUCGCUUUCAGGGGCCUCUUUAUUGAUGAUAAAGGUAUCCUUCGACAGAUCACUAUAAAUGAUCUUCCUGUUGGCCGCUCUGUGGAUGAGAUUCUGAGACUAGUGCAGGCCUUCCAGGACACUGACAAGCAUGGUGAAGUGUGCCCUGCUGGCUGGAAACCUGAUGUCUGA